AUGUUCGAUCUCCCGAACGCAAAACGCGUUCGUCGCGAAGACAUUCUCUCCCGCGCCUCCUCAACCUCCCGAUCCCCCUCGCCGCAACCAGAAUCCGCAAACCCCGAAGCGCAACAACGUCUCGCCGAACUGCUAAACCUGGACACGUUCAUCGCGGACCAACAAGAGACCACCGAAGAAGCCACCCACCCCGGUGAAGAAAACAAAGGAGAAGGACAAGCCGGGGAGGAGGAAGAGCAAGAGUUCGAGUUCCGACUAUUCAGCGCGCCGGCAGCGCCGAAAACGCAAUCGCAAGCGCAAGCGACCAAUGGAUCGGCGGGCGACAACGAUGAGAAAACCCCUGGGGCUCAGAAACUGCGCAUUAGAUUGCGGUCUCCGACUCCGGAGGCAGGGGAGGGGCGUUUUGUGAACCCGUUUCGGGGUUGGGGGUACUAUUUUUCAACGCCGACGUUGUCGGGAGUGAAGGUGGAUGAGGAUCCGCAGCUGGAGGUGAGGAAGAAACAGUUUGCGGAUGUUGCAGUGUCUGGGGAUGAUAUGUUGGCGUGGGCUCGGGUUUCAUGGCCCGGCUGCUAUCUGCCAUGGCGGGUCAUUCGCUUGAACAGACAGCAUACGAAACUCCCGAAGGACUCGAACGAUGUCACCAUUAUUGCAUACAACGCGGAAAGUGAAACUAAGACUCCCAAGUCCCACAAGAAGCCGGGUAAGAAGCGACGUCUACAACUGCGCAAGCGUGUCAAGGCCGCGGAGCAGGCAAAGGAAACGGAGGCGGAAAAACGGAACCGCAAGAAUCGCGAGAGGAAGAUCAAACGGAGACAGAAAGCCAGAGAAAUCAAAGCUGCGACGGCGGCGGCCAGAGGCCAGCCCCUGCCCGUUGAGAUGGAUGAAGACGUAUCCUCGGAAGGAGACAAUUGA